CGGACACCACCUCUACGGACAUCACUCGCAGAAGUGGUCGACGACUGCCGCAGUCAUGACUAAAGACAGAUUAGCAGCGCUUAAAGCCGCUCAGGCGGACGACGACGAUGUGGCCGUCGGUGUCGAUGAAAGAGGCGGUUAUAUGGAAGAGUUCUUCCAAGAAGUGGAACAGAUUCGCGAAAACAUCGAAAAAAUGCAAACAAAUGUCGAAGAAGUGAAGAAAAUUCAUUCGGCGAUAUUAAGUGCUCCACAAACUGACGACAAAGUGAAACAACAAUUAGAAGAUCUGAUGGCAGACAUCAAGAGAACAGCCAAUAGAGUGAGAGGGAAAUUAAAAGUAAUGGAGCAGAACAUAGAGCAAUUGGAACAGACAUCGAUGAUGAGCGCC